AUGAAGCUCGCUGGUGUUCUGGUGCUCGUUGGGGCCGCCCUGCUCCUGACUUCAGGCGGAGAUUGUGGCAUUUGCCCAGUUAUAAAACAAAAAGCUGAACUAUUUCUUCACGGGUCUCAAGAAGAGUAUCUUUCAUUCGUGAAGCAAUACAAAGAUAGCCGUCUCAUACUGGAAAAUGCUGGAAAAAUCAAAAAAUGUGUCGAUAACAGUUUGACAGAGGAAGACAAGACACAUGCAAUGAAUCUCAUCGAAAGAAUAGACGCCAGCCCGGUAUGUUGA